AUGGUGCGGGCGCAGUGCGUGGAGCGUAUAUUUAACCCGGGAUCGUUGCUGCGGUCGUAUCCAGCAGUUAGGCUUGAUGAGCUGCAGGAGGAGCUGCAGCAGCAGCAGCAGCAGCAGCAGCAACGGCAGCAGCAGCAGCAGGAACGCCAGCAGCAGACACAGCAGAGACGAGAACAACAGCAGCAGCUGCUGCAGCAACGGCAGCAGAGACGUGAGGAGCUGCUGCUGCAGCGGCAGGAGCAGCAGCAGCAGCAGCAGCAACAGCAGCAGAGCCAAACACAGGAAGAGCAACAACAGCAGCAGCAACCAGAGCAGCAGCAGCAGCAGCAGCAGGAUGGGCAGCAGCAACAGCAGGGUGAUGCUGAACAGCAGCAGCAGCAGCAGCAGCAGCAACAGCAGCAGCAGCAGCAGCAGCAACAGCAGCGUGAGCAGCAUUCGCUAGAUGAAGAUGCGGAACUAUCGCAGCAGCAGCAGCAGCAGCAGCAGCAACAACAACCCCACCAGCACCAUCAACAAGAACAACAACAAGAGCAGCAGCAGCAGCAGCAGCAAGAACAGCAGCAGCAGCAGCAGCAGCAGCAGGAGAGACGCCAGGUUCGUUGGUUUUUAGGGGGGCAGCAGAGCUCCCCCCGGGAGGCGCGGCGUGCUGUUCUUGCUGCAGCAAUAUCGAGGGAUCCUGGUGCUGCUGCUGCUGCUGCUGCUGCUGCUGCUGCUGCUGUUGCUGCUGCUGCUAGUCCUGCUGCAGCAGCAGCAAGCAGCAGCAACAGCAGCAGCGCCAACGAAGCAGCAGCACUUUCUGGUGCUCGCAUCGUCAUCACCAGGAGAGUGAGUAGGCGGCCUGCUGCAGCAGCAGCAGCAGCAGCAGCAGCAGAAGGAGCAGCAGCAGGAGCAGCAGCAGAAGGAGCAGCAGCAGCAACAGCAAGAAGAGAAGCAGAUGCUGAUGUCUCUCCCGCUGCUGCUGCAGAGCCGUCGCCCCCGCAGCAAGCUACCUCAGCAGCAGCAAGACCAGCAGCAGCAGGUGCUGCUGCUGCUCCUGCAGCAGCAGCAGCAGCAGCAGCAGCAGCAGCAGCAGCAGCAGGAGGUUCAUCUAGAACAGCAGCAGCAGGACGAGGAGCAGCAGCAAGAAUAAGCCAUCGAGCCAUUGGUCUGGGUGCUUCUGUUGCUUCUGUAGCAGCAGCAGCAGCAGCAGCAGCAGCAGCAGCAACAGCAGCAACAGGAACAGAAGGAGGAGAAGGAGCGCUAGCAAAAGCAGCAAGACAAGCAGAGAGAGAGUUAAACAAAUCCUUACAAUCGAGUGCUGCUGCUGCUGCUCCUCUCUGGCUGCAUCCUGCUGCUGCUGCUGCCUACAGAAGCAGCAUCAGGGGGUGGCUGGGGUGGCCUCGUGCUGCUGUGCUGAAGCAGCUGGUGCAUGCAGACAUCACGCAGCAGCUGCAGCAGCAGCUGCAGCAGCUGCAGCAGCAGCAGCAGCAGCAGCAGCAGCAGCAAGAAGAGCAACUGCAACUGCAGCAGCAAGAGCAGCAGCAGCAGCAGCAGCAACAGCAACUGCAGCUUCAGCAGCAACAGACACAUGCAAGCAAUAGUGGAAACAGUAACAACAGCAGCAGCAGCAGCAGCAGCAGCAGCGAGGGGGGAGGGAGACAAAAGAGACAGCGGGUUUUGUCUCCAGUGCAGAGAGACACAGCAGCAGCGCCAAACGCAGGAGAGAGUUCUUCUUCUUCGUCAGCAGCAGCAGCAGCAGCAGAAGCAACUUCUUCAGCAGAUCCAGUUGCAGCAGCAGAUGCUGCAGCAGCAGCAGCAGCAGCAGCGCCAAACGCAGGAGAGAGUUCUUCUUCUUCGUCAGCAGCAGCAGCAGCAGCAGAACCUGCUGCUGCUGCUGCUGCUGCUGCUGCUGCUGCUGCAGAAACAGCAGCAGGUGAAGCAGCAACAGCAGCAGCAGCAGCAGCGCCAAACGCAGGAGAGAGUUCUUCUUCUUCGUCAGCAGCAGCAGCAGCAGCAGAAGCAGCAGCAGCAGCAACUUCUUCAGCAGAUCCAGUUGCAGCAGCAGAUGCUGCAGCAGCAGCAGCAGCAGCAGGUGCUGCUGCUGCUGCUGAGCUGCUGCAGCAGCAGCCGCAUCGUUUGUAUUCUCUCGCUCCACAAAGAGCAGCAGCAGAACAACCAGCAGCAGCAGCAGCAGGUGCUGCUGCAGCAGAGUCACCAGCAGCAGCAGGGGGGGAUGGAACAGCAACGUCAGCAGCAGCAGCAGCAGCAGCAGCAGCAACAGCAACAGCAGCAACAGCAGCAGCAGGAGAAUCCGAAGCAGAACGACUCCGUGCGUUUUUAGCUGCGCCUGAGCCUGCUGCUGCCUGCGGUGCUGUCCCCAGCAGCAGCAGCAGCAGCAGCAGCAGCAGCAGCAGCAAGUUGCUGCAGCUGCUGCAGCAGGACGGGGAGGACAGCAGCAGCAGCAGCAGCAGCAGCAGCAGCAGCAGCAGCAGCGCAUCGUUUCAGCAGCAGCAGCAGAAGCAGCAGCAUCAGCAGCAGCAGCAGCAGAAGCAGAAGCAGCAGCAUCAGCAGCAGCAGCAGCAGAGACAACAGACACAGCAGCGAUGA